CCCCUGCUUAACCCCGAAUACAAUAUUUAAUUUAUAACCAACAAAAAGAAAAGCACGGCAUUGGUUCAUGUUAUCUUCGCCUUGGAACUUACCCUUUGGCUCUUUUCUCUCUACUCUCGAUACCCUACUCUCACCACCCCACCCCUCUCUAUCUCUCUCUCUCUUCCUUCCAACACUAAAAAACUUUCUCACUAACCAAACAAACUAAAAAUAUUAAUAAUAAUAACCAAAUUUCUCUUUCUCUCCCUUCUCUUUUUCUUAGAAGUCAAAUUUACUAAACCCCACUUCACUCUUUUUACUCCACUAUAUAUAAAUUAACCAAAUACUCUUCAUGCCUUUCUUAACACUCCCCCUCUCUCUCUCACACUCUCUCUCUAGUGUCUCAAAAUCUUCUGGCUGGCAAGUGCAACCACCGUGAAAAUAUAUACAUAGAAUAGAAAUAUCUCCAAAUAAACAUGCACCAAAACGACGUCGGAGUAGUAGCAGCAUAUAGAGAUUACACAAAACGACAAGCGUUUUGCAUAAACGACCACAUUGACAUCCUCAUAGAGGUCCUGAAGCGACUAGACGGGGCCUCGCUGGGCGUGGCCGCCUGCGUGUGCCGACUCUGGUGCGCUCUCGCUCGCAACGACUCGCUAUGGGAACACCUCUGCUUUCGCCACGUGUCAUCUCCGCCGCCUCCUUCGGUGCGGCCCGUGGUGGUGGCGCUGGGCGGGUACAAGCGGCUCUACAUGGUCUGCGUCCGUCCCGUGCUGAGUCGACUCGGCGGAGACUCGGGCGUUCUCCGUCGCCGAAUCUGGACUCGGGACGAGGUCCAACUCUCUCUCUCGCUCUUCUGCGUCGACUACUACGAGAGGCUUGGUAAGCUCGGCGGCGGUGGCGGUGAUGCCUCUGCUUCGUCUCUCAUGUUCCUGUGCAAGCCUGUGAACGUUUGAUAUGUUUGACUUUUUGUCUGAACUUUGACUGUUGAUGAGAUGGCAAUAAAAAUUGGAAAUGAAAUAACAUCGACCAAUGUGGCUGGCUUGCAGUAAUAGUAGUAGUGAUAUUAUUUUUUGUUAUUAUAUACAUAUAUCAAAUAUUCUGGAAAAAUAAAAUAUUUAAUAA